AUGCCUUCAGGGGCAAUGAGAAGAGACAAUCCCUGGCUUCCUUAGAGGGCCUUGUUCUCCUUGGCAGCUCAAGUCUUGAUUCCCGCCCUCCCUUCCCGUUUUAGGAAUGUUGUGCUGAGAAGCCACAAAAAAGGGUAUGGGCUUAUUUUGCCAAAGAAAACACAGCACUUGCACCCUGUUUUGCAAAAACCAUCAGUGUUUGGGAAUGAUUCUGAUGAUGAUGAGACCUCCGUGAGUGAAAGCCUUCAGAGGGAAGCGGCUAAAAAGCAAGCAAUGAAACAGACCAAACUGGAAAUUCAAAAGGCCCUUGCAGAAGAUUCCACUGUAUAUGAAUAUGACAGUAUUUAUGAUGAAAUGCAGAAAAAAAAGGAAGAAAGUAAUCCCAAAUUGCUUUUGGGAAAAGACCGAAAGCCCAAGUAUAUUCACAACUUACUAAAAGCAGUUGAGAUCAGAAAAAAGGAACAAGAAAAAAGAAUGGAAAAGAAAAUACAGAGAGAACGAGAAAUGGAAAAGGGAGAGUUUGAUGAUAAAGAAGCAUUUGUGACAUCUGCUUAUAAGAAAAAACUGCAAGAGAGAGCUGAAGAGGAGGAAAGAGAAAAGAGGGCUGCUGCCCUUGAAGCACGUUUGGAUGUAACCAAGCAGAAAGACCUCAGUGGAUUUUAUAGGCAUCUAUUAAAUCAAGCAGUUGGUGAAGAGGAAGUACCUACAUGUAGCUUUCGUGAAGCUAGGUCUGGGAUAAAGGAAGAGAAGGCAAGGGAUUAUUCCGAUGAAGUAAGUUCAGAGAACAGAAUACCAUACGAGAAAUGCAUUCUCCAAACUGUUGUGAAAGUAGAAGAAAACCCAGAUGCAGAUAGUGACUUUGAUGCUAAUGACAGUGAGGAUGAUGAAAUGGAAGGAAGUAAUAAAGUGAAGUGCAGAAGGGAAAAGAGCAUAGAGACCUCUGAGAAUGACUCCAGGCAUCACAAGAAUCACACUCACUCACGGUCAUCUAGUGAAGAAAGAGAACAUGGUACCAAAAGCCACACAAAAAGUUACAAGUCAAGGGGACAUGAGAAAAGGGAAGAUAAGCACCAAGAAAGACAAUCCAGGGACCAGGAGAACUACUAUACUGACCGUGAUUACCGAAAAGAAAAGAAAGAUUCCCAUAGGCACAGAGAGGCCAGUCAUAGAGAUUCCCAUUGGAAGAGACAUGAACAAGAAGAUAAACUGAGGGGAAGAGACCAAAGAGAAAGAAAUGACAGAGAAUGGAAAAGGGAGAAAGACAGAGAGAAAUAUCCCAUAAGAGAACAAGAAAGAGAUAGGCAACAAAAUGAUCAUGACCGACACAGUGAGAAAGGAGGAGAGAAGGAAGAGAAAAGCAAAGAAAAGGAAGAACAUAUGAAAGCAAGGAAAGAAAGAUAUGAAAACAGAGAUAGAGAAAAACGAGAAGUAAGUGUUCAAUCUUCAGAAAGAAAACAAGACAGAAAGGAAAGCAGCCCGAAAUCUAGGGCAAAGGAUAGGUUUCCUGACCAGGAAAGAUCCAAUAAAAUGAAAAACAUGGAAACGGACAAAGAAACAAACUCAGAGAAACUCUCUAGUUGUGAAACAUCGAUGGGAGCAAAACACAGAGUCACAGAGGAAUGCCAAGAUACUGGCAAAGAACAAGAGAGACUACAGGAGACACUGAGCAAGUUUGCAAAACGGAGCAAUGAAGAAACUGUAAUGUCAGCUAGAGACAGGUACUUGGCCAGGCACAUGGCACGGGUUAAUGCAAAGACAUAUAUUGAGAAAGAAGAAGAUUGACUUCCUGGAACAUGCUAUGUGGACACAUAAAGAGGUGUGUUAGACGUGGUAAACUAUAUUUUCAAGAUUCAUUUUUAGUUUAGGGUUAAGUCAAAAGUCACUCCUUUUAUCUCAAAUGUUUGACUAAACAUACAUAAUACUUGUCAGUAUCACAUUCUUGGUUGUAUUCAAGCAACCUAAAGAGUCCUGAAUCCUACCUAGUAGGUACUUUAUGAGGAAAAUUGGCUCCACAAUAACCAUUAAAAAAUAAUUUAAAUAACUUUCCUAAUGGUGGUUUUGUUGCAGGACCUAUUUGUUUUAUAAAUACUGUGUUUCAGAUAAACGUAAGUGGAUUUGAACAUAGAGAAUAUUGUUAUACUUUGUUUUGAAAUUUGUAUUAAAGUAUGAAAUAUGGAUAGAUACAUAUCUUGUCUAACUUUAGCUCAGGCAUACUUGGCUUAGAUGAAAAUAAAAACAGUGAUAUGUUUGUACUUUUAGUUCAUGCUCUUAUUUUAAAACUAAUGUCAUUUAUACCAUAAUUCCUUUUUUUUUCCAUUAAAAAUCACUUUAAUUCUGAGACCCUCACAAGUUAGUAAAUUGGUUGUGUACAUAAAUCAGUUUUAGCUAAGUGUGAAAACAUGGAGAUGUUUAGCCUAAAUGAAGUUAGCUAAAGAUCCAGGUGGCCUAUUUAUGAACAUGUCUUGUUUUAUAUAUUCUAAAAAAUAUAAUACAGCUUACUACAACUUCCAUUUAUGUAUCAAACUAAAAUUGUAAUCUCUGCACUAAGUCUUUGAAAGCAUUGAAAUGAAAUGCUAUAUAUAAUUGAUUUAUGGGAAAUGGAUGAAUGGUAUGGAGAAAAUAGUUCUCUAACAGGUCUUCCCAUUAAGAAAGUGCUAUUUAUCUCAUACUUACUUUGAGUUAACCAUGUUUUAUUUUCAGUAUAAACUUAGUUUAAUAAGAAUAUUGACUUUUAGGAAAAAAUUAUAUUAAGGAUCAAAUUUAGCACUUACAAAUAAAUGUAUAAUAGUAUACCUUUAGAGCUAAGUAACAAAGCUAAUGCUUGUAUCUCUUGACUGACACAUUAAUAUGAGAUCCUAAUACUUUAAAAUAGAUCAGUGACAGUGACAAACACUUAAAAAGCACCGAUUCAGCAUCCACAGAGAUAAGUAGUAUAGUAUAAUGUAACUGUGAAACGGUGAGAUCAUGGAAGACCAUGAGUUAGCAAGCUAAAUUUGGUUCCAUUGUUAGAAUUAUAACUAGAGCCAUAUGUUGGAAAGAUUGAUUUAACCAUAAAUGCAAGAGAGAGUCUAGUAGGGAGAGACCAUGAUCUAAGGGAUCUGGUAAGAACAGUCAAUUAUCCUCUCCCAGUGUGGUUCAGAGACUUACAAAGCUGCAGCCUGGAUAUUUGGCUAGGAUAAACUAUAUAAAGUUGACCUUUGAACCACACAGGUUUGAAUUGUGUGGGUCCAAUUACAUAUAGAUUUUUUUCAAUAAAUACUAUAAACCUGU